CUGCACAGAUUGGACAACCAAAGAAAGAAAACAAAAACAAAAAGAAAUCUAAGUUCAAAAGCGAAAAAACAGUACCGUGGUCCCAGAUUAUCUUUUGGUUUCUUUUCUUUCUCAAUAACGGAACUAAACUAAGACAAGUAAAAGAAAAAGUAAUUUUAAGAUCGUAAUUUCUACCGGUUCAAAAAGCCGUUCCCAAAAUUCAGGUUAUUCUAGAUCUGGUUAAACCCAAGGUGAUAAAACAUUAAUUUGAAAAUUUUUUGAAAAGAAUUCAAAACAGUCUCACUUCACAAUGUUUCAAUGGCCUUCAAAUGGGUUUUAAAGUUCCCGCAAAACUGGCAAAAGUGCCUGACGUUGAAUGUCGGAUUCACGGUUUCCCGCCAAAAAGUGACCAAAAGCUUAAUGAUUAACCUUUGCGUAAAGGUUCUUUUCGCGCGCAAGCAAGCUGACAUUGUGGAGCUGUUUUCCAAUAUCACGCAAGACUACAGUGAAAUUCACUGAAAGCAUCGUUGAUUAAGCUACAUUUGAGCGAAAUUAACUUUUAGCAAGAUGAGCGGAACGAUAUCGAGGUCACCUUUUCUCAGAAAACGACCAAAUCAUACCACUCCAUUGCUUGGAGAAUGGACGUGCUUCAAACGACGUGGAGAGCUGUUGGUUCUGUUAGGAGAUGUCGUUCGAGUUGAAGACAAGGGCCUCCUAAAAGGCUAUUAUUCCUUCCCCAUGAACGCUUUUAUCACCUUGUGGAGCCAGGUGGGGUAUCAGUUAUCGAUUAGCGAAGAAGAAUUUAUUAAAAACAAUACGAUCGCGAAAGAACUCAUGAAGUUAGUGCCGUUCAACGAUGCCGCGCAGUUCAUCGCGCAAUAUUUGAUGAAGCCUGUACAAGUCCUGCUCCGCACUUUUAACCCGGUGUUAAUAGAUAAUGGCAAUCCCAGUACUGACACAAUAACGAUCGAACCGCAUGCAGACGACGAUGGAUCAGCAGAACCGGUUGGGGAUGAUUGCAAGACUUGUGAGAAAUCACCGGAGGUCAAUGACAAAAGUGCGAAACUGCGGAGCUUAAAAAGAGGAGAAAGAGCAGUAGUAGAGUUGCUAGACUGUGCCGGAGGGAGCGAAGACAGCAGAAAGAAAAGGAAGGCGAGUGGAAAUCCAGGAGACUGCUGCCCCCACACAGAUGAAAUUUUCCUGCAGUCAAUUGUUACUUUCACAAAGGCAUUUGUAGGCAAGAAGCAGUGUGAUAAAGAGAGGAUCCUGAAACAGCUUGAAGAGGAGCAGCAGUCUAGGAAGAGUGCUGAAGAAAAAUUAAAAGAGCUUGAAGAUCGAUUCAAACAGCAACUUCAAGAAGAACAGGAACUCAGGAAAGCCAAAGAAGAAGAAGUUAGAGCUCUUCAAGAUGAGUUGCAGAUGUCAAACAAGAAGAGGGAAGUUCUUGAAGACAAACUUCAGGGAAUAAAGCAAUUUCUCCAAGUGGAUCCUGAUGGGAAAGUACAUUGAUAGAAGAAUGCAGCUUCCCUCCAACUGGCCUGGUGUGAUGUUAGCUGUCCUGGUGUUGAAGUCGUGAUUUUAUAUGUAAACUGCUACAGUCGAUCAACGUUUUUCGGAGGAAUUCCUUUCAAAAAAAGAGUAAUUCUGCAAAUUAUAGUAUACUUCAGACCUCGUGGAUACUGUUGUACAUAAAGGAUCGUUACACAGUUUUUUACAUUUCAAGUAACAAAGUUAGUUGUUAAUUAUAUUAUAUCGUUUCAUGCCUUGAAAACAAUAAUCUUGAACCGUGUUCCCAUUUGAGAUACAAAUGUUAACUGGGGCACAACACGAAAAUUGAAUGUGACCAGCGCUGACUAAAAUUUUGUAUUUUGUUGAUGGACUAGAUAAUAAUUAAAACAGUUUUAUAUAUGUAUUCUUGAAGUUUAAUUUUGUUUUAUGCUCGUGAGUCAUAAUCAAGAUUUUUCUUAAGUAUGUGCGGGGGAUAUUUAAAGAGAAGAAAAAGAAACUUAAAAGUCCUUGAAAGGGUGAAGAACCGUGUGCGCGUGUUUUGUGCGCUUGUUUAGCCCUCUCCUUGUGCAUUUGCCGUGCCUAUACCAGGAGAUCAUUAUUCAACUGCAGCGAAUAUCGUCCAAAUAACGCGCGAAAUAAGUACAAUAAUUAAAUGGUAUAUGAGCCAUUAAACCGUGCUCUACAAAUAUGGUAUGGCUCAAGUUGUUAAAUACAAGGUCCAACCCCGCACAAACAUUUUGCUCUUUUAACAAAUGUUUCUCGUUUGCGCACCAAGGGAACAAUGUUACUAAGCUUGGUUUUCUAUUUAUUCGAGAGCCCUUGCCGCCACCAACUCCAACAUUUACUUUUCAUUACAAUGUUUUCCUUAUUGCGAUUAAUUAAAAACUUUGUUGUGCGCAAGUUGUUGGCACCACACUAUCCCUUGAAAAGAAAUUUUAGCUCCCGAGUGGAGGGGUGCUAAAAGAAUCCUCUAACGGCACCUACAUAUCCAUUCAGUUUGUUCCUCAGUACGAGAAUCAUUCGUUUUUACAACGUUUAAAGACGUUUAGGUGUGGUUUAGGAACUUCAACUUUACUUUGUCUCGGGGGCGGGAGCAGUGGUGGUAGUGGGUCAGGGCUCAAAGUUAACGACCA